GGUGCAAACCUGAUUGCUGUUAACAGCCUGUGCGAUCAAAUCUGGGUUCAUAAGCAAGUCUGUUUGCUGCUUUAGCUAUUUAAGUUUGUGGGUUUUAUAACCUGUGGUUCCGCUCCUCCGUGCAUCCAUGCUGUGUCUAACUGCAGGACGAUUGGGGACACUGUUGUCCAGACAGGCAGCGGUGGCCCUGAGCACCGGUAGUGCCAGAAUGGCCAGCCAUGGACAUGUGUCACAGCAGACUGACGUGUCUCUGCCCAUGUACUGGGAUCGUUGUGAUGUGCCUCUUCCUGACAAACCUUACCAAGAUACCCUAAGUGCCACUGAAAAGAGUCUGAAACAGAAAGAGAAAGGACCCUGGAGCAGCCUUUCAAAUGAGGAGAAAAUUGCCUUGUACAGGAUGAUGUUUAAAGAAACGUAUGCAGAAAUGAAGAAACCAUCCAGCGAGUGGAAGACGGUGGUGGGUGGAAUUUUGUUCUUUGUUGGCUUGACUGGUCUGGUGGUGUUCUGGCAGCGCGUUUAUGUGUACCCUACCAAACCUCAUACAUUUGAAGAAGAGUGGCAGGCCAAGCAGUUGAAGAGGAUACUGGACAUGCGAAUGAACCCAGUGGAGGGCUUUUCUUCCAAGUGGGACUACCAGAAGGGCCAGUGGAAAUAAAUUCAUUCAUGAUGUUUGUCACUAAUUAUCGGUUUAAUAUUCCAUCUAAUAAGAGGAAUUUUGAAAUUGCCAUAAAUGUCAGUGUUCAGUUGAGAUGAAACCUGUGCCAAAAAAAUCAAUAAAGCUAUUUUGUUUGUUAUUGACUAAGCAAUUAGCAACCUUAAUGAGCAUCUACUGAGAGUUGUGUAUAAUAAAUCAGUAUUUACAUCA